AUGUCAACUGUAACAACCACGACCACAACGACGGUCAACAACAACAAUAUGCUAAAGAGUAGUAAUACUCUGCCGGCAUCGACAUCAUCAUUAUCAUCAUCUACAAUGACAACAUCACCUACAACUGUAAAGAUAUUACUUACAAGUAGUAGUGGUGGAGGCGCAGGCAUCACCACACCUAUGACAAACGAUCACCCUACAUUGAUCGCUCAACCACCCUCAUCAUCAUCAUCAACAUCAUCGACAAUGUCAUUACUCAAAACACCAAUCAAUCAUUAUACCAUAAACAACAACAACAAUAACAACAAUAAUAACAUCCAAGUCGAGGAUGAUGAUGUACUUGAAGUGUUGGAGAUAAAUGCUCCAGCACAAUCAUCAAAGUACAUGGCACUGCCUGAUGGCGCCGACUAUGAACAGACGACCGACGAUAUCAAAUCCCCAAUUCUGCCAGUGACGUCACCAAAGUUGAAUACCCCAACAACCGUGUUACUUGAGAAUGGUCUACAAGAGACAACGUUCAAGUUAAAGUCGAGCAGCACACUCAAUCGCUCUCGCCUACUUCAAAAGUCUGUCAAUCAACUCAGCUACAGUAUGGACCAUAUGGUUCUGUCGGCCUCAACCGACGACCAUAUGGGUGUUGGCUCAGUACUCUCCAACUCCAUUGCAAUGGUGCCAAUCAACUCGUCCGAGAACGAGGAGGACUCACAGAACUUGCUGGCGGUGGAGGUGGCCGAUGACACUCUUGAGGAGAUCGAGCUCGACGCCACUCAGGUCGAGAUCAAGCCAGAGACCACCAAGGAGAAGGUGGUGUUCUGGUUCCAAGCACGUAUGGGUUUGGUGUUCAUGGUGGCCAGUGCAUUCUUCUUCAGUCUUAUGGCGCUCUUUGUCAAGGUCUUGUCCAAGCAGAACUUCCAAUCGCUCGAGUUGGCCUUCAUUCGAAGUGUAUUCGGCAUUGUUGGAUGCAUCAUUGUACUCUCCUCUCUAAAGAUCAAUCCUCUGGGGCCUGCUCCCAAGCGUGUCCUGCUCACUGUUCGUGGAAUGUCAGGCACUGUUUCACUGGCGGCCUACUACAUCACACUCACAAAGUUGCCCAUGGCCGAGGCCGUGUGCAUCAGUUUCAUCAGUCCAAUCAUCACUGCUGCCGUCAGUGCAGUAGUGUUGAAAGAGAAAUGGGGCAUCUUUGAUGGCCUCUGUGCAGUUGUCAGUUUGGUUGGUGUUGUAAUCAUUGCUAAGCCAGCCUUCAUAUUUGGUACAUCAGUACACAACAUACCUACAUUGACACCAAAUGAAAGAUUAUUAUAUAUCUGUAUUGGAGUUACUGGAGCCUGCUUUGCUGCUGUCUCCUUCAUCACAGUUAGAAAGAUUGGACCUGGCAUCAAUCCAUUUGUCCUUGUCUUCUUCUUCUCGGUCGUCUCCACAAUCGUCACAUUGGCCGGAUCAUUAUCAUUCGAGACCUUCAUUAUGCCAACAUUCCGUCAAUGGGUACUAUUGACAGCACUUGGUACAUCAGCCUUUGUAGCACAAGGAUGUAUUAAUAGAGGACUACAACUUGAGAAGGCUGGAAGAGCUGUAUCCAUGAACUAUAUACAGAUCGUAUUCACGUUCUUAUGGGAUUUGAUAUUCAUUCAUGACCCAGUGGAUGUGUUCACCAUCAUUGGUGCGCUGCUCAUUCUAAGCUGUGCAGUAAUAACAGCAUUCAAGAAGAAAUAA